AUGAAUUUAAGACAUCGCUUUCCCGACAAUUAUGGGGUGAAGGACCCUUCAGAAGUCAAAGGUAGCCGAAAAAAAGUGAAUAUCGGCGGUGAUAUCAAUAGCGAGAACGACGUAAGGGCCGCGACUUUGAUUUCGACAGACGUUCUUGAUAUGCCAAGUCAGCGCGGGCUAGCAUUAACAAUCUUCACUAUCAUUCAAAGCUACAAACUUUAUGAUUUGGUACUACUCAAAUCGGGACUACCGGUAUCGGGGCUUCUGCUUACCGGAUCUCGUUUUAACUUCAUUUUGAAAUAUUGCAUUAUUGACUCACUUUUUCUGUAUUUUUUGCCCGCAUUCAGGAUACCCAAGCUAAGUUUUAGCUCUGCCAUGGUUUUUUGCCAAAUUUGCCUGCUAACGUCGAUUACAGUUAUUCUUUCCCAUGAGAGAAGCUUUCCCAUAGUUUCGACUCUAAUUGCUAUGUGGUCUAGGCUAAGCACACGAGAGCUAAGUCUCACAGGAGGCUCAGUAGAUCAGCGCAAAGUUUUGGAUGUUGCAUCUCACUUCAAAGGCGCACAUACCAUCAAAAUAUUACCAGAAAACACUGCUAUGUUAAAUCCCUUCCAUGAUUCUUAUUGUUUGCCCAUGGACCAUAUAACAGCCGGAUCACUUGAAAUUCCUAUACGGCUGAACUCCACUUCGGAAAUAGGUUUCUUGCAGUUAGAAUAUCGCGACCUUCAAACCAACAAAGUCGAGCUUUGGAAUUACACCAAGUCGGAUCUCACCGAGCUACCCUUGACCCAUGAACUCUUUGAAAGACUACCCAGUAAGCUGCAACAUGCCAACGGAAAGCCCCAGCUGAGAUACCUAAGCGUUCCUGUUAAAAACACCGGGAUGUACCAAAUUAAUAAAAUAAAAGACGUCAAAGGCAUAAGUCUAAGACUAUACAAGUCUCAUGUCCUCGUACCUCACUGUCCAUCAGCGGUCGUGUCUGGUCUCGGAAGUUCUGAUAGGUGUGUGGGAGAUUUCGAUAGAGUGACGAUUGACGUACAAGGAAUCCCUCCCUUGGAGUUGCAAUACACUAAGUUGAUCGGUGAUGAAGUAUCCACGUUUACCGAUUCAAGCUUGCAACCAGAAUUUUUAGAAUCUCCUUUGCUGUUUAGUAGAAAGCCCUAUUCCGCAAAGGAUCUGGCGGACUUGAAGUGGGCCAUAUCACAGUCAGUCUCCGUGGAUCUCGAGAAAGUCUUAAGAAGUGAAGGCCAUGUCACUUAUAGGAUAGACAAGGUUGUGGAUGGUCUAGGAAAUGAAGUGAAUUUUGCAAUUCUACCAGGUACCCUACUGAAGAAGUACGGAUUGGAAUAUGGUUUUGAUGUUCACGACUUACCGCGCGCGAGGCUUGAUUUCAAAUUCGAUUCAAAGGCUGCUACCAAGAAAUCUUUGGUUUUAGAUUUUGACAACGUCAUGGACUGGAAAAGCGCGUUACCUUACAGAGUCACCAUUCUUUUUGAAGGCGAAAAUGGGCAAACCAAAAGCUUCUCACAUAAUAUUUCCGAGCCGCACACUGAACUCGCUGCUCAAGAACCAGGCACCUAUACUCUAGUAUCUGUCGAGUCAAGAUUUUGUGCUGGUAUCGUGGUAGACAAAUCUAGUGUGAUGAUCCACAAACCGAUAGCUCCUACUCUCCAAGUCAUGUCAUCCCCCAUUUUGGAUCAAUGUGUUGGCCAAGUUGGACUUAACUUCGACUUGAAGUUUACUGGUGUUCCCCCUUUUUACUACAGAGCCAAGAUCUACAAAUUAGAGAAAGGAGAUAGAAAGUUAUACGAUACCAAAAAGUUCACCUCACAAGGAACCCGGAAUCAAUUCAGCUACAAUCCUACUUCAGAAGGUAAUUACGAAAUUGUUUUCGAUGAAAUAUCUAAUUCCAUUUUCACCCACGCAAUCCCGUUGAGGCCAGCCCAGGACUACACAUUUAGAACCUCCAUGCGAGUCAAACCUGAUGCAUCUAUCAAAUCUAACCCCAAUUCGAAACUGUGUUUAGGGGAUCGCAGUACAAUUACAGUGAAUUUCAAAGGUGAACCCCCUUUUGCGUUAGAAUAUGAUAUUUUGGAAACUUCAACCAACAAGCGGACUUCCUUCACUGAAGAGAACAUAAAGGAUUUGGAGUACAAGCUAGAGACUCCUAACUUCAACGUCGGCGGAGACUAUAUUUUGUCACUUGUUUCGGUUAAAGAUUCUUCAGCUUGUGCAGUGAGUUUGAGCUCCUCUGACGCAAGAAUUGAAGUGCGCAGAGAGAUACCGAAAGCCGAGUUCAGCAUCCCCGAAGGUUCUUCCGAGCUUUUGGUCAAAGAGGGGUCUUCUGCUGAUGUUUCCAUCCGUCUUUCUGGUGUCGCUCCUUUUGUCGUAGGCUAUCAGCACUACAAUUUCGCCGGAAAACUACAAGGAACUUUUGAAGCUAAAUUUUUGUCUAGCCACAGGGCAAGCCUAAGUCUACAAAAACAGGGCAUAUACAAGCUCCUAUCAGUUAGAGAUCGAAGCUGCAUUGGGGAAGUGGGUGAGACUAAUGAGCAGGCUCUUUCGUUCUUGAAAAAGCCCAGCUUCAAAGUUGUCGAACACAACCGCAUUUCAAAUACGACCGAGUUCGCAUUUUACAAGCAAGCUGUUUGCAAGUUCUUUGAAGAAACUGUAGACUUAACACUCAUCGGAAAUCCGCCAUUCACUGUCCUCUACGAGUUAGCUUCUCCGACCGGCAAGGUGGUUACAAAGCAACUGCACGUUGCUACGAAAUAUGCAUCAAUCGUACUACCUAACGAAAAGGCGGGUCUUCAUACUUUGACCGUCACUGGGGUUUCUGACUCUAAUUAUGGAGAGGAGGAUCUAAAAAAGAUUGGUCACAAGACAAAGAAGGUGGUGGUGAGACAACAAGUUAAUGACUUGCCUCAUGUCCAAUUUUUCAAAAAAGGUCACACAUACAGAACUUGCCCCAGCGACGCAGGUCAACCUUCAGGUCAUGAACCAAUAGGAAUUGAAGUCAGUCAUGGGAGAGGUCCUUUUACACUUAGUUUCAGUGUUUACCACGAAAGCACCAGCAAGACGGACUACUUCAAGCUUGAGGGAGUCACAGAACGCAACUUCAAUUACGAAAGACUUUUUGAAGGGUUAAAGCUUGGUAGUCAUGACUUUGCCAUUGAAAAGGUAAUUGACUCCAACGGUUGCGUCAAUGAGUACGGCACACGUGAUAAUCAUGUACUGAUCUCCAUAAAUGACGUCCCUAAAAUCAGUCUUCUAGAACCUUCAAUGGAAUAUUGUGUGGGCGAUUAUGUUUCUUAUCAACUGAGCGGAAUAGCACCAUUCCACAUAAAGUACGACUUCAAUGGAAUUUCCUUGAAAUCAAAGGAAUACAGCUCUCAAUUCAUUCGACUAGCCUCAGAACCGGGAAUAAUAUCCAUCAACGCUUUGCAGGACUCUUCCUCAAAAUGCAUAGUCAAUUUUACGAGGCCUGAAAUGGAAAAAGAACGCAAUGAUUUGUCGUUACUUGUUCAUCCAAUUCCAUCAGUAACUGUCUCUCGUGGUGAUUACAUUGUCGAAGACAUACACGAAGGAGAUCAAGCUGAAGUCAUUUUUUCCUUUGAGGGCACUCCGCCCUUUUCCUUAGCGUUUGUCAGGACUGAAUUGGUGGAAGACAAGCGUGGUCGAAGAAGGCCCCAGGUUGUUGAAACGCAUAGGGUCGAGGAAAUCUACGGCUAUGAAUAUCGCGUCGUUACCAACCUUCAGGGUACCUACGAGGCUAUCGAAAUUUCGGAUGCAUUCUGUCAAGCGAAGAAUGAGGCAUAUUUUAAUGGAAGAAUAUGA